AUGGCGACGGCCGCCGCCGCAUCCACGUCGCUCCGGCUACUGUCUCCGUCCCCAUCUCCCAUCGCGGUUGCACUCUUCACCCUGAGUUUGCCCCGUCGGUGGUGUUGGGGGAUCCCGGUGCAGUCCGCCGGGCGGAGAGCAUUCCAUGCUGAGCGGCGGAGACGGACGACUUUAUUAUGCGCAGCUGAUAAACCUCCUGAAGAAUCCCUCAAGAAGACCGUAGAAGUGGAUAGGCUGAUUGAUAUGCUGAGGAACGCAAAUCCUAGAGAGCUUGAUCAAAUAGUGGUUGAAAAUGUUCUGUCAUUCGACGCUGGUUUCUGGGUUCGGCUAGCAGCUAGAAUUGACCUCUGCAAAUCAGAUGAUGAUAAAAAAGAUUAUGAAGAGCUGGCAGAAAAUAUCAUGAACAUUGUUGACCGGCUUGUUCACAAGACUGAUCAAAAGAUUGAACAGUCAACAGAUGUGCUGAAGGCAAUCAUUAGUCCUGUGAUGCAUGAGGGAGAUGUGCAGUGGCCACCAAGAGGUCCAGACACUCUCAAAUUGAUGGAGAAAGAAAUAACACGCCGAGAACAAGAAGGACAGCUUGAUGAGGGAUUUCUGUCAGAAGUUAGUGCUCAGCUGAGGCAGGCUAAACAAGAUGGAGAUAAGCCAGGGCUUCAAGCUAUGCUGCAAAAAGUGUUGCAGUUAUAUGCUUCCAAAUCUCUCCAAAAACGUAGUUAUGCAUACAAAGGGGGGCAAGUUGUAGUUCCCGAAAAGUUCCUCGAAUGUGUGAUACAGGCGCAUGAGAACGAGUGGAACAAGGUGUUGCUUGACGGGCUUACAGUAGGAAAAGGGGACGUUUCACCAGAUGAUCUUUAUGCCGUUAUUAACAAGAGAAUUGAGAGAGUCUUGAUUCGUACGGAAGGUGGCUCUUACCAGCAACGCAUACUGGUUGAGUAUCUAAAAGAGAUACAGGCUAGAGCAGAGGAAGUUGUCAAAGUGCUUCAAGGACCAACAAUAUAA